AACCACACGAAGAAAUGUGAAAGUGAUCGAGAGAAAGGUGCCUGCUAUUCGGUGAACAGUGACAUGAAGGUAGUGAAGUCUACCUGAUCCAGUGUUGGUGGUACUGUUAUAUUAUCUCUAGCGCUGCCACAGAUUUCAGUAUUUUGUAUAUAGUGACACUGAGAAGCAGAUAUCGAAUGAUAGAGUGCUUAGAACUUGUAUUUUAAUACACGUUUUAACUACAACACAAUGAGCAAGGUUGUAAUAUACGUUUUGGACAAAAUCGUUUGGAUGCUGCUGAUAACAGCAGUUACCACGCAAGCUCUCCAAAUUGCAGGAGUCGUAGAUGCACCAAAAGGCCUCGGAGACAUUUCGUACAAACAGGACAACGAAUAUAAUUUUCAAGUCCAAGUUGGCAACUCCGAUGUCCGUGGUAAAAGGCAAACCGACCAAAGAUCUCCAUUGAUCGACAACAUAUUCAAUAUCCCGAUUACAACUCUUAAUGCCGUGAAUAAUUUGGUGCAAAAUACAAGACCCGCAUUUCAAAGUUUAAGGGAAUUUGCUGCGAGGAGGUUCGAUAGGGCAAAUAAAGCCGCCAAUAAUAAUAAUCAUACGAGACAGCAAAAACCGGCUCCGGUUUAUGUGCAUUCGACUGAAGAAACUGUAAAUACACAAUAGUUUUUAACGAAAUUGUACAAUAUUUUAAGUGUUAUUGAUGAUUAGUGUAGAAUAAGGUUUUAUGUUGUUAAAAUUUCAUUUCCACAUUCUUCAUUGUUCAUAUCAUAAAUGUGUAUUUUUAAGUGACGACCGUGAAGUAUUUAUUUUAUAUAACAUUUAAAUUCUGUCCCGUAUUAGUGAUUAUGCUUUUGUGAUAUUUUAUUACCACCGACAAAAAUAAAUUUAUUUUUAUA